GUGGAGUGACGAGGCCUUGUACAGCGCUAAGCGAUAUGAAUCUAGUUGGCCUUGGUCGCCAGUGAGUCAAACAAGAUGUCCACAAAAUUUUGUGCACUAAUUUUCCUGACGCUAGCUACAUUUUCACUACAGUCGAAUAAUGACAACUUUGUCGUCGUCUCUACUACUACUACUACUACCGAACGCACCGAAAACACCAACAAACUCGACGAAGGUCAGAAAACUAACCCAGAAACCAACACCUGCACUAAACACGUCCCGACAAACUGUAAAGAAAUUCAAAAACAGGGUCACAACACUCCUGGGAUUUACACCAUCCUACCUAAGUACGCACUAGAACCCUUCAAAGUGUACUGCAACAUGCAAACUCGAGGUGGUGGCUGGACCGUCAUUCUGAACAGGUAUGAUGGAUCUCAGGACUUUUACUUGGACUGGAAUAGUUACAAGAAUGGGUUUGGAAAGCCGGAGGGCGAAUUUUGGCUAGGUUUGGAGAAGAUGCAUUUACUGACAGGAUACGAGUACAACGAGUUACUUAUUGAACUAGUAGACUGGGACGAUAAAGAAAUCUAUGCACGAUAUAAGACCUUCAAAGUUGGAAGUGCAGAAGAUCAAUAUGCGAUGGAGAUCUUGCGAGGGUACAGUGGUACCGCUGGAGACUAUUUCUCCCAGGAAGCUGGAAUGAAAUUUACGACUAAGGAUAGAGAUAAUGAUUUAUGGGCCGGAGGUAGUUGUGCUGAUUGGUCGAAUGCCGGAUGGUGGUACCGUAGUUGUAAGAGAGCUCAUUUGAGUGGUAAACUCUUGGGUAAGACGUUUCCUUCGUCGGAUAUAUGGAAGAGAACAUACUGGAUUGAUUCCCACGGAAAUGAUUACAGUUUGAAGGAAGUGAGAAUGAUGGUUCGACCAUUGCGUCCAGAUCUGUGAACACUUUUUGGACGAUUAUUGUGUUUACAAAUCAGAAGUUUAAUAAAACAUUUUAAAAGUAUGUUUUGAAUGCCUCUGUAUCUACAGUAAAACCCCACCAGUUCGCUUAUUAAUAUAACGAGGUUAAACUCAAAUAUCUUUGAAAGAAAACAAUUGAUAAGGUAGCCUUUGCAUAAAUUUCUUUAGAAAAAUUCCCCUUUUAACGUUGUAACUGUGUUUAAAUAUUUGUG